CCCGCCGCCGCCCGCCCCCGGCCGUGAUGCAGCCGGGCUCCUCCUCCCCCCCGCUCCGCAAGGGCUGGAAGCUCCCCUUAGCCUGGUUGCCCUUAUUUAAUUUCGAGUGUGAUUUUGCUAUUUUUAGCAGCUGGAUCCUCUCCAAUCCGCAUUUGCGAGCAGCAGCAGCCGCCGCCGGGAAGGGAGGGGGGGGUGUGUGUGUUUAAUUCUCUUCACAACACAAGACACGCCAGGACAAAAAAAAAAAAAAAAUAACACCCCAAAAACACCAACCCGCCCCCCAAAAACCCACCCCAAGCAGCCGGCUCCGGGAUCAAGCUGACUGACCAUGAGUGAAUCCAGCGCCAAAUCCAGCCAGCCCCUGGCCUCCAAGGGGGAGAAGGACGUGUCGGAGAAGAGGGGCCGGGGGCGGCCCAGGAAGAAGCCGCAGCAGGAGCCCAGUGAGGCCCCGACCCCCAAGAGACCCCGCGGACGGCCAAAGGGCAGUAAAAACAAGGCCACCCCGAAAGGCAGGAAAGCUGCAGUCACACCAGGGAGAAAACCUCGAGGACGACCCAAAAAGUCGCAGCAGGAUGAAGAGGAGGUGAACAUUUCCCAGGAGUCAUCCGAGGAGGAGCAGUGAAGCCUCCGGAACCGGCGCUACCUCAUUGCCUGAUCGAUGGUCCCGUGUCCCCGGGGGGACAGGGAUGGGGAGAAACCCACGGCGCGGCCCUGGCUUUGUCCUCCUCCCUGCUCCGCUCCCUCCUCACCCUCACACAACGGCAGCACUGGAAAAUGGCCCAACCUGGGUGACCCCCACAGCCCCCUGCCCGUGGGGGGGGGAGCACCUGUCCCAGUUCCCCUCUCUCCCCAGUGCUGGGUUAUGGGGCAGCCCCACCGGCAAAGGGGGUGACUGGCAGAGAGCUGGGGCUGGGACCCCUUGCCUUUGCUGCCCCUCAAUGCAGCGAUCUCACCCAUCCAAAGCGGGCGCUGGGCUUUGCCCCGGGGACCCUGCAGGGAAGGGAUGAGGGGGUCAGCGAAGGCGAGACCCCCACAUGGAUCAGACCUUAGCCCCGGCCCGCUGCUACCCCAGGCAAACCUCCCCUUGUGCCCCCCCCCAAGUCCUGGGCAACUGCUCCGUGUGUGUGGGAGCAGCACCCACAGCGAUGCCGGGGCUCGGUGCCCAUCCCCGGGGGUCCCAAGUGGGGCCAGCUCAGGGCAGCCCCUUCCCCCUCGGUUCUGCUAUAAACAGAGAAUUGUUUUUUAGUA